AUAGACGGACGUGUGCGCGCGUCUCCUCCAUCAGAGGGCGGGCUCGUAGCGUUGCGUGCGCAGCGUGUGGCUGCCGCUGCUGCUGCCGAUGGUGAUGAGAGGAGCGGCAGGUACACAAACCUUUCAGCGGCGACCCCGUGGCUUCAAAGCGGUGUAAAGAAGAGUGAACGCCGACCUCAGCUCUGUCAGCCGUGAAUGUGGUGGCCUUUGUUGCCUUAUCAUUAACCUGAACUGUUGCUCUCUAAUGAAAACAGAAUUGCCAAACAAAUGAAGGAGUGAGUGGAAAGUGCGCAGCCGGCAACAGAGAUAAGUCCAAAACAGAUUUGGCACGAGUGAAGAUGUCCAAAUGGGUCUCCUCGCGAUGGGAUUCGAGUUGAAGAACACGUAACCAGUCAGAAGUGAUUCUGAUUCAGCCCCGCUGUUGAGGCAACUGGGAACUUAAGAAGGCGUUUUUUGACCGCUGGGAUGUUGUGAAAGACACGUCGCUUGGGACAGACGGAGCGGGGACGCAGAAGGAAGAGAGGGAUUAUGGCUCUCGCAACGUUUUCUCUCAGCCUCAUCACGCUGGCGCUAACAAACUUGCAGCUGUCGAGAGCCAGCGACCGGCAUGCGGUGUACUGGAACAGCUCAAACCUCCUACUACGAAGGGAGGGAUACACCGUGCAGGUCAGCGUCAACGACUACCUGGACAUCUACUGCCCACACUAUAACACCAGCCAGCGGGGGACGCUAGAGCGCACUGUGGCUGAGCAGUACAUCCUCUACAUGGUCAACUACCGUGGCUACCGCGACUGCGACCCGCAGAGGGGCUCCAAGCGCUGGGAGUGUAACCGCCCCCAUGCUCCUCACGCUCCCAUCAAGUUCUCUGAGAAGUUCCAGCGUUACAGCGCCUUCUCUCUGGGCUACGAGUUCAACGUGGGCCAGGAGUACUACUACAUCUCCACGCCCACCCACCACCACGGCCACAGCUGCCUGAGACUGAGGGUGUACGUCUGCUGCUCCACCGUUUCCCAGGCAGAUGAUGACUCCAGUCAGACUCCUCCCGACUACACAGUCAGGCCAAACAUCAAAAUACACAACAUUGAUGAAUUUAACCCUGAAGUUCCCAAACUGGAGAAAAGCGUCAGUGGCAGCAGCCCAUCACGCGACCGCCUUCUUCUCACCGUGGCGAUGCUGCUCGUGUCCACCGUCCUUUUGUCCUAGCGAUUGAGUGACACCUCAUGUAUAGCUGGACCGCCUUGUCCAAAGGGCUUUGUAUCCACCAAGUUGUUGAUGUGAAAGUUGGGAGAAACACACAAAAGGAUUGAGUAGAGGUGAAACAGAACCCCAAUCAAAGAGACACGGGAAGAAAUCUUUGAACUGAACUUUACUGGACUUGACAAAAAAAAAUAAUAAAUAAAAAAGGAGAGGCCUUUUUGCUGUCACAUUUACACCAGUGUAUUUUGACACUCCAUGUGUUGUUGGACAUCAGUAUCAUAUGAAAACCACAGCAUUUCAUGCAGGCAUGUUUGCCAAAACAUGGAGAGCACAACCACAACCUGUAUUCAGAGUCAGACUUCUGUGCUGCUGUCACGCCUGAGGACCCAACAGGUGACUGAGAAAGCAAACUUGUAAUGAGAUGGAGAUGUAGACUACACACUCUCAUUUGUAGCAUGGACAUCAAAGCACCUGAGGAAUUUAAGCUGCACCAUCUCUGAUGAAAGCAAGCUUUUUGUAGCUGUAAGCUUUGAAGAAGGCGGCAAAUGUGGACUUUUGCAGUGGAUCUUUAGACCUUGGACUGCGGACCAAGUUUGCUGAUGGAUGAAACUCACCUUAGAUGUAGUGAAAGAGCAAGGUGGACUCUGGAACUGUACUGAUCUUACCUGGGGUAUACAUGUUAUUUAUCCAAUGUGUCAGUGAUGAGGACUGCUGCCAUUGUCUUGGACACUGAGGAAUGUUUUCACAUUGGUGUGAAAGGCUGCAGGUAAUAAGGCCCCAAAGUGGUUCUUAAGAAAAGGGAGAGACUUUGUGAGGGUAUCUGCAAGCCUUUCAAGAAUCCAUUUUCUCUAGACAUCAAAAAUAACCCUGGCUUUGUGAUAGGUACAGAUGCAAAGCCUGCGUUUCUUAGAAGAUAGCGAGUGCCCUCUUAGAACUGGUCCUUUGUCUGCAUUUCCUGCCUUCACACUGUAACAACCCGAGAAAAAUACAGGCCCUGGACUAGUAAUUUGACGGCACUCAGACUUGGUAGAUGUGUGUUUUGUUCCAAUGCAUUUACCUUCAGCACUCCGCGUAGAUUUUCCGGGUGUCAAACCUUUCUGCUCACAGCAAUCAGCAGAGUCAUUCAGAAUACCACUAAUUUACAAUUCUUUAAAAACCUCUCACAGCAGCAAGUUCCCUUUUAAUCCCAGACAACCCCGUCUAUUCCUUUUCCACUUCAGAGGUUCCUAGCCAAUCAGUGCUGAUGGCCUUUACAGCAGUCAUGGUCACCAUGGAAACGAACCCAUACAGUCGCCAGAGCGCGGCAGGUGCCUGAGAAGAAAUUGUGCUUUGACUCUCAAAGUAACGCUGCCGCCAUUUUGUUAAAGAAAUAAAACAAAACAAAAAGACAAAAAAACAACAACACGUGUGAAUGUCCAACUCAAGAGAAGUUCACUUUUUUAUAUUGUAAUACAGGACAACGUAGGCUGGCAUUAAUCGAAUUACAAUGUUGUGCUUUUUUAAUUUAUUUACUUUUCAAAUGUAUUUAUUUUAACAUUAAAAUAUAUUAUUUAUCUACCUAAUUUAUUAGUGUGCAUUUGUAGGCCUUUGCUCGAUAAGCUAUUGUGCCAUUUUUUAAAUUCUUUUUUUUAAAACAGUGGAAUUUUUACUGCAGCAUUUUACUUGUGUAGAUAAAUAGUCAGAUGUAAUUUAGCCUGACAAAAGGAGAGGGUUAUUGGUUAUGAGUAAUGAGUAGGGAUAUGCACUGAGUGAUCUUACUCUCAUGUAACAGAUACUGCUAACCAGAGCAUGUCAUAAACCAACUGUGAAUGCACAGACUGGGCCGAUGUUGAUGCGAGGGCAGCAUUCCUCAAGUGCUGCGCUCAAUAAAUGAAGGAGUCUGCAUUGUAAUGUAUAUUUAUAAUACAUGCCGGUUAUGGAAUGUACGUGCGUGUGUGUGUGUGUGCGUGCGUGUGUGCACGUGGGAGUGAACAAGAGAGGGGGAAAAAAAAAACAUGUGGGCACUUUUGUGUGCGUAUGUAUGUAGAAUGUGUUUGUCCGCGCUUUUCGAGUAUGUGGCAUUUAGAAUUUUCGUACCCACUGAAGAGUCGUUUGUAGGAUCCGAAUAUGCAAGCGUGUGUGAGAGGAUUGUGCUCUUCUGUCAUGUUAGUUUACGCUACGGGCUUUGGGAAGCGGGCGAAAAGCAUUUACUGAUGUUGAAGACAACCACAAAGAAAUGCGUUUACCUUUGACAAGAAUGAAUUAAAAAAAAAAAAAAAAAGAAAACCUGUAAAUUGAACCAAGAAUGAUUAAAACCAUGGCAAUUAAAAUCUUUUUUGCAAAUUCA